AAAACACGUCACAACUCGUGUACUCGGAGCUUUCAGAAACUUUCCACUUACCAGGUCCUGAAUACCACAAGAGAGGAGCGUUCAUAUGGACUCAGUAAACACGAUCUCAUUUGAAGGCACCAAUUGGCCCCACAUCAUCAGAUGUAUUGUGUUGUCCGACUCACAGUCCAAAACACUAAAAUAUUAAAUUUACUAUACUGUAAGACCAUGAAAAGUUCUCACAUUUGAAAUCCUGGAACCAUCAAAUGUUUGGCAUUUUUGCCUAAAAAUUAUGAAUGGAUUAACAGAAUAGUUGCUGAUUAAUUUUCUUUUGAUCGACUAUAAUCGUUGCAGCUCUAGUUUCCUGCAUCUCUUCGGUCAUUUCUUUCAUGUGUGUUCUUUGUCUCCUGGCCAAGAUGAGGUGUUUGUCUGGCUCGGUGCUCUGUCUGCGUUCAGGAUCGUUUUAAAUCUCCCCCAAAGUUUGUAGCUCAUCAGAGAUUACAACUUUUAUGGCCUUCUUUUAUUUAAAGGACUACUCCAGCGAUUUUAAUACUGCACUUGCAUAAAGUUGGGUGACUCACGAGAGAAGUGGUCUAGAUCGACGCAGCAGGAGCCAAGAUAUCCUGACUAGUAUACAUCAAACUGGCAAUACGUCAUCCAGAGCAGGCUCGCAUGACCACGCCCCCUUUUGGGAAAAGCAAUCCUGUGUCCGUCAUAGACGGCAACAGAAUAAACAAAAGUCUCAAAACUUCUACUUUAAACAAACCGGUAAUAGUAAUAACACUGUGCCCAAGAGUUUCUGUGAAGUUGUUUGCACCAACAAUACAUCCAAAAACGCUGAUCUCUGAUUUGUUCCCCUGCCAUGUCCUAAAAAAAGUUAUAAUAGAGGGGCUUUAUGGCAGCCUUGACUUCUUGCGAAGUACCCGUAUGUGCCGGUUUGAUGUAUUGGUUAAAUUCCCAAAACUCUGGAUCCUACAUUUCCCAUAAUGCAACUGGUUAGUGUCUUUCAUUAGAUAUUUCCUGCCCCCUCCUUUAAACCCCCACAGGCCCAGUUUGUAACGCAGGCCUUCUGUGAGAAAACUGUGUCAAGCCCAGAAGGAGACGACCCUGAUGACAUCAUCAGGGUUAUUUUUUCUCAGACUUUAGCUUCCCGCAGAGCUGAAUAACUGAACUCCGUGUGUAAAAUCAGUGGAGUGUCCCUUUAAAAACACCACUUGAGCCUCAUUAUUAUGGUUUAUUAAAGGUGCUAUUGAUAACAUUCAGCCAUUAGAUGUCGCAUUCACUUCACAACAAGUCGUUGCCAGGCACUUACCGUCAAUCUCAUACAUUUAUCUGUUUUUUCCAGACUAACUGAAGACCCAGAGACACCACGUGAUAUCAGCGUCCCUUUACUAUUGGCUCACAAGCCUUGUUAGAAGAAGAUAAACAAAACAUUAAUUUUGGAUCCGCCAUAAUUUUUAAAAUGAUUAAUUCACAAAAAAAACGUAUUUAAAUUUUUUUUUUUCAAGAAAUGACAUAGGCUACUUUUAUUCGGCACCUUUCUAAAGGCUCUGUGGAUGUAUAAUUUUUUUUUUUUAAAUAUUCGUCUACAUAAAAAUGUUAUCAAUAAGACCUUUAAAGUUUAACUUUGGAUUUUAAGAUUACACUGACUGACCAGUGAUGUCACCGCUGUGUGAUGAGAAGGAUGACCACCAUAUAUACUGUAUCAUGUGUCAUGAAAGUGACAUUUAGGUUUGUUUUCCACUUGAAACUUGUACAAAAGGGCAAUAUUACAAAUCCAUCCUGAUGGAGAGAAAACAAAUACUUUGACAUCAGAGGCCAGUUGAGGUGCUAAAUGUCAAUUUCAACAUGAUUCACCCAAACACAACUGCAAUGGAAAGCAAUACAUGAAAGCUUUUCUCAUCUGACAUUUUUGCUUGCACUCAGCUUCAGCUUUUUACCUGUCUACAUUACAAACCCAGAUGAUUUGAAGUUAUGAAGGAGAGAUGAAUGUGUGUUUGUAUGAGAAUGACUUAGAGGACUAUAAAGUGCUUGAAUCACUAUGUGAACAACAGAAAAGAGGAAUCAUAUUGUAACGAAGCCACUCAUAUAACCAAGGGCUUGGUUAUUGACUAAUUUACACCGGAGGCGUGUACAUUGCAGAGCUGUAUAAUAACUUUAAAGACAAACCAGUCCAGAUGCUCACGAGGAUAUGGCUGUGCAGUAACAGAAGUGCUGCUGAUGGCUCACAAAAGCUUUUGUUGGCGCAUUAAAUUAUUCCACUGACCAGCGUGGGGACCCAGCUUUGGCAUAAUCCAUUUUAUUGCGUUUUAUUAUAUGAUUUGAUAAUUAAGUUUUUUUUCGUUUUUUUUUGUUGGAGAUGCUCAGACCAAGGUUGAACUGUGUUUUUUUUGCUCAACGUCUGUUAGUGUAACUAUUUGCAUUAUGUAUUUGUAAAUAUGACAACGACAGAUCUCUAAUUGUGAAUAAAGGAAGUUUUAUCACAGGAAGUGAAAUAUCAAUGAUGGAGCAGUUUGUUCCUGCUGCUGCUGCUGCUGGUGGUCGCUCUCUGUCAGUCUGCAGACGCUUCUGUUUCUCAGUGGGACACUUCCUCAACGACCUUUGCGCCUCCAUGUGGUUCACCUACAUGCUGGUCUACCUGCACAAAGUGCUCGGUUUAAAGAGCAGCUAUGCAGGUGUGAUUCUGCUGAUGGGUCAGAUAGAGGACGGAGUCUUCACGCUGCUGGUCGGGUAUGAAUCCGACAGAACAAGCUGCAGCUACGGCAAGAGAAAGACAUGGCACCUGAUGGGUGAGUACCUGACUAACCAAUUAGGCAUACACAAGGAUUUCCACUCAAGUUUCUCCUACGAGGAAUCUCUGAUGCUGAAUUUCACUGUUGUGGAACAUACAGAACCCUGCAAGUUACUGUUUGAUUGUUUUAGUCAUAUCCUUCCUUAUAGGUAUGCCUGCACUAACGUGGCCAAUAUCACCUUGUACGCUGUGGCCUGGCUGCUCUUUCACUUCCAGUCUGAUGACAUUGUGGACCCCUCCGUCGCAGACAACCUGGGCCCGGUGGACAUCCCUCUGUUCAGGACACUGGCCCUCGUUAUGCUGGGAAUUGGAUCUGUAUUCUCCCUGAUAUUCCACGUUGGCACAAAAGAGGACGUGUCGGCCUCAAAUGGUGAGACUCAGCCGAUCACAUCUUCCUCCUCGCAGCCUCGUCCUGUGUUUCAGUGGAAGCAUUGGCUAAAAGAGCCCUCCUACUACCAGAUGGCUUUCCUGUAUAUGUUCACCAGACAAAUAGUGAACUUAUCUCAGACCUACAUCUCAGUUUACCUCAUCAACUCACUGAUGCUACCAAAGAACUUCAUUGCCAUCAUUCCUCUGGUGAUGUGUGUCAGCGGCUUUGUUUGCUCUCUUGUCAUGAAACCAGUCAGCAAGCUCAUAGGCAUCAUUGAUUUAUUAACAAGAAAAUAUGGAAAAGACAAAAUAUCAAGUCCUAAACUGAGGCAGCAAAACCAGCAGUCCCCGCACCAGAAGGCUCUCCCUUCUGCUGUUGGCAUAGGAGCUUUUAAGCACUUCCUUCCCAACCUCGUUGAAAUUGGGUUGGCUUUUCAGAUAGAUUUCAUUCCUUUGUGCUUUGCUGUAGCGACUAUAGUAAUCUCUGAUCUCUGCCUUGUUUGGCAGCAAAGUGGAGCCUUUGUUUAUGGAUCGAUGAGCCUCAUAGACAAGGUGGCUAGUGGCGUGGGGAUCUUCCUCAUCCAGAGCAUACGGCCAGGCAGCACAGAGGCCUGCUGCCUAGGCUGUGUUUGGUUUUAUCGUGUCGUCAUGGUGACGGUAACCGGGGCCAUGGCCGUGCCUGCAGGACUUUUGCUGAUCAGUGCUAUAAUCUGGCCAGUCAGGAUACGGAAAGUUAGGGUUCAAAAUCUGCACUGCACUCAAUGGUACACAGAAAACAGCCACUCAUGUCAGAGAUGUAAUAAUUGCUAUGUUAGAGGCAGCUGUGUUGUGGAAUUUUCUUUAGAUUUGUUGCCUUUUUCUGUGUAAAUCCACUAUUAUAUUACUAUUCCAGCUGGAUACCGUGCACAUUUGUACUCACAAAUCUUUUGACAUAAUUUACUUUAAUUAUUUUUUCUGAAUAUUUUGAGGUUUGGAAAGGAAAGCUUUUGUUGUUGUAUAGUGCAGAGGAUAAAGUCAUGCUACCACCUAGUGUAUGAAUCUGUAACUACACUGCUUUAUCGUAGGUUUUUAAAACUGACAAUUAUAUUAUAUUUUCUUUCAUUCGUUUUAGCUCAAUUCUUGAAUGAGAAUAAUUUUUUUCAAAACAACAGGCUCGAAUCCCUGAACAAUUAGUUUGUUGAUCACAACAGAUU